AUGAUAAAAUGGGGUCUGGUACUGGCUUUGAUUAUGAUGAUCACUGGGACAAUUAACACAAUAUCUGCUAAGUUUGCCGACGUGUCCGCGAGUUAUGGUGCUGACAAAUGUGAAUCCUUUAGGCGCACUUUCUACCAUCCCUUCUUUCAAGCGAUACUGAUGUUUAUUGGGGAGUCAGGGUGUUUGGUUGUCUAUCAUCUAACAGUAGUGGUAGCUAAACGGAAAGGAGAAGAACCUCAAGUAGCGGGAGAGGGUUUCAAACCUUACUUUUUGCUGGUUCCCGCACUUUGCGAUCUCACUGCAACCAGCAUGUUGUACCUGGGGCUGAGCCUCACGUACGCCAGUGUAGCUCAAAUGAUGAGAGGAGCUGUGAUAAUAUUUACCGGACUACUAGCUAGGGUAGCUCUAAAACAGAGGUUUGAGAGACACAAUGUAUUGGGAAUGUUCAUUAUUGUCAUCGGACUAAUCUACGUGGGGCUCUCUCAGACCUUACACUUCCGGCUGUUAUCACGUGAAGAGUUAAGAAGCAGUGUGGAACUCCUGGCCAAACUUACGGCUCAUCCCCUCUCCCCUGAUGACCUGGACAACCUAGUGGACACAGGACAUCAACAAGGACGGGGAAAUUAA